AUGAUCUUCCAUUACCUCAGGUCCAUGUCCCAGGACUCGGCGUACUUUCACCUGCAGCAGAAGAAGCAUCACCUAAAAACCAUCAUAUCUGUGCAACUUGCGGAAUGCCCUUCUCUCGUGUCCAUUUACUCAACAAACACCGAAAACGACAUGUCCGACCUCACAAAUGCGAAUUCUCCUUCUGUGAAUAUCAUACCAAAGGAUUCGCACUUCGAAAAGACCUCGACCGUCACAGGAUCGCCUGUCAUCGGCCACAGUUUCCGGUUCCCCCGAGGAGAUUCCUAUGUCCAACUCACGGCUGCCGUUAUGCCGUCGAAGGUUUCCUCAGGAAAGACAACUGUAAUCGACACAUCCGCAAUGCACACUCCUAGUCCCAACACCCUUAACUCCCGCCAAGGAGGACCCAACGAGAUAAUGACCCGAUUCUUCGACGACAAUGAGAGUAGAGAUUUCUCCGGAAGAGAUCUCGAUAAGCAGGUCAUAGCAGGAGUCAACUGA